GGCUCCAGCUCUCCCUUUGACGGCACCGCACCGCUGCCAUUUGCUGCUGCAGACUCGGUGAAUAAUUUCGUCGGCGACGAUUUCUGGGCAUCCGGCCAGCAAGCAUCUCAUCAGCAACAGCAGCAGUUACUGCAGCAGACAUCGCAAGGCGAGGAUGCCGAUGCCGCCAGGAGCCUCCACCUCAACGCCAUCGACGAGUUCUUCAUCAAGAACGGCGCCCAUCGCCCGCCUGUCCCCUGCAACUACUGUCGACGACUGCGCCUCCAGUGCCUCAUCCUUCAGACCACCUCUGCAAAUCCAAAUCCCAUCAGCUCUUGCUCUGCCUGUGUGGCCCUCUACCGUGACUGCAGUCUUGCUGAGCGCAGCAAGAGAGAAGCCUCCGCUUACGAGACUGCGCUCCCUGUCAUUGGCCAUCUGCAUGGUGUGAAUGAAGAGGGAGACGGGGCUACUGCCGUCGAUGGGACGAGGCAAUGGCGAAUCGAGCGAGGUGCUGGCCAGGUUGCCACUCGAUCUUCAUCUAUUGUCUCAUACAAGAGAAAUAGUACUCGGUCCGUCAAGAAGACUCGGGUGCUAAGGAACUGGUUCGCCACGCAUCAAGAGCACCCAUACCCAUCCGAAGACGAAAAAUCCAACCUUGCUGAGCAGAGCGGCUUGAGCAAGACCCAGGUCAUCAACUGGUUCGCCAAUGCUAGACGCCGACACCGACUGACCGCGCAGUCGCACCAUAACAAUAGCAGCAAAGUCUUCUUGCAAGGAUCUCCCAUGCCCCAGACCUUGCUGACCGGCAUGUCUCCGAUGGAACGAUGGAGACAUUCUCCGCCAAACGAGGAACCCGUCUCAGCUGCAGCUAUUGAAAAGGCCAUCUCCAAUAGUCAAAUUGAUGGCGGAGACGCUUACAAUUACAACUCUGAUGGCAAUUAUGGCACCGAUGGCGCCGCUUCCUCAGCCAGUAGCGAGUCUGCCAUUUUCAACCACAACAUUGCCCGCGGCUACGAGGCGUCGUCCAACUCUGGCUCGUCCGCUUUUUCCUUUUAUCAUUCCGAUGAUGCAGGCAUAUUCUCCCUAUCAGCGCAAAGUUCCAUCCAUAGCGGCAACGGCGGCGAUCUAAUGUCCGGCCCAUCAGCGACCACCAUUCCUACGGGAGCUGCAAUUGAGCGUGGAAAAGCACUCAUGUUUCAGUGCACUUUCUGUCUUCAGGGCUUCAAGAAGAAGUACGACUGGGUGCGCCAUGAGAGAUCUAUUCACUUACCUGGUCUCGAUUCUUGGAUCUGCCGAGUGCCUCUACCCAAAGACCAGUCAUAUCUCGUUUGGCGCGUCAAUCAUAGCGAGCCGGAAUGCAUCUUCUGUGGACAAACAUCGCCAACAGACGAACAUCUCCAAUCUCACGAGUUUCAGUCGUGUGCAGAACGUCCCGUGUCAGAGCGAACCUUUACUCGCAAAGAUCACCUAUGGCAGCAUCUGCACAAAUUCCACCGCUGCCGCAAGUGGGAAGGGUGGAAGCCUGACCUCCAUCUCUUACAGCAUCGGCAAGACAAGUUUGAGAGCGUGUGCGGUUUCUGCCAGCUCAAGACACAUAGCUGGGACGAAAGAGUUCAGCACUUGACAUCCCACUUUCGGCGCGGUGUGACCAUGAGCGAAUGG